CUUUGUUCAAUGUUAAACCAAUACUACUAACUAACUAGUAGUAAAUCAUGAUAGUACACCAUUUACGCCAACUACGUACUAUGUACUCGUACUACGGCAACACUACGGCAACACUGGCUCCCUUUAAUCUUUCUUCUGCUAUUAAUUAUUGUCACAUCAAAUGCUCCCAACCGCAAAUUCGCCUUUCUCCUACUCCACUCCCCUCUCCACUUCUGCUUCUGCCGCCAUCUCUGCAGCCAAUCAGUCUACCUCGUCCACUGCCACCACCACCACCACCACUACUGCCACUGCUACUACUGCUGCCACUAAUACUGUCACUGCCGCUACCAACACCAAUACCGAUACCGAUACCUCUAUCUCUACCUCUGGUCCCACCCACAACCACGGGAACCCUUCCGAGAGUACGGAGACGGCCUCCGAACCUAGGCUUACUCUAACCCGAAGUCUCCACAUACGCGGCCCCUCCCACGAUGGCCAGUCUUCCGACUCCGGCAACGCAUCCUCUCUACCGGCCCGUGAUCAUGCCUCUGCCGGCGGCCUCGAGGACCAGCGAACCAAGAAACGCCGUAUCGGCCCUAGCACGAGGGGUGUAGCAAACCUAACACCUGAGCAAUUAGCUAAGAAGAGAGCCAAUGAUCGGGAGGCACAACGAGCCAUCCGCGAGCGUACGAGGAACCAGAUCGAAACGCUUGAGGCGCGGAUCCGCGAAUUGACCUCCCAACAGCCGUAUCAGGAGCUUCAGGCCGUCAUACGGGCUAAGGAGGCUGUCGAGGCUGAGAAUGCCGAAAUCAAGAGCCGGCUAGCUUCUAUUAUGUCCUUGAUACAGCCCAUAUUGAAUAAUCCGCCAGCCGAAGCGGCCUCCGUAUCACCAAUCCUCCAUUUCACACCAACUCAGACCUCGCACCGUUCACCCUCCGUUCCUGCUAGCUACAAUGCUUCCACACCCAUAAGUGCUGCGUCUCCCGCCUCGGUAGCGGACUCGUCGUGGCAGACCCCAGGACAUACGCAGCCAAGUCCGAAUUUUUCUCAGGUUAAGUUGUUGAACCAGCAACGACAGGGCCUAUCUCACAGCCUAGACCUCGGCACCGGUGAGCAGUUAAAGCUUGAUUUCCUGCUUGAUUCCACGCAGCGCGUGAAUAAAAUGCAGACAGGCCCCAAUGGGGCUCAAGACACUCCCGAAUAUCAUCAUCUCCCUAUGAAACAUGAUUGGAAUGCCGCUUCGUUCACACCACCGCAAUACAGUGCAGUUGUGAUGGGUGGAACGCAGCAACACCAGCAACAACGCAUCGAAUAUGCACCACAGAUCACGGCAGAAGACCUAGACGCAUCCCGGGUUAGCAUGAGAGCUCCAAUCAAGAACUCUCCCCCUACUUGCCCGCUUGAUAGCCUCCUAAUCGAAUUUCUUAACGAAAGACGUCAGCGAGCGGCUGAAGGUGUCCCCGCACGGGAUGUAGUGGGACCGAGAUAUCCCUCUGUCUCAUCGCUCCUCAACCCAGCACGCAGCGUACUUUCCCAUCCGCUCUCCAAAGUCUUCACAGAUAUCCUGGCCGCCUUCCCGGGUAUAAGCACUCUCCCGGAGCGAGUAGCCGUGCUGUAUUUCAUGUUUCUCCUUAUGCGUUGGCAAAUCAGUCCCACACAAGAAAACUAUGACCUGCUACCGACCUUUGCUCGCCCCACGCCCGCACAGCAACAAAUCACCCACCCAGCGUGGGUCGAUCACAUUCCGUUCCCGCGUAUGCGAGAGAAACUGAUCAAGGAGUACAAGCCGGUCGACUACCUGUUCGACGAUUUCUUCAUCCCCUUCACGACUACUAUCUCGCUCAACUGGCCAUACGAGGAAACGGACGCGCUGCUUCAGAGCCCAGACGGGGGCGAGCUGCUCGUCAACCCCGUCUUCGAGCGUCAUAUGCGGAGGCCCGAGAACUGGACGUUGGGCGACGCCUUUGACAAGGCCUUCCCCUGGCUCAGGGGCACGUACAAUCUGAAGAGGUCUGGCCCCGGUAUGAGAGAUAACGCGGAUGGGCAUUUUAAUGGCGGGUAGCUGGGUAUCUACGCGAGGAUUAGAUGUGUUCGUCUUUACUGAUAUCUCUAUUAAGAGAUCUCAUGCCGACCUGUUACGUCAAUGAUGUGACGUCUUAGACCGGGCUAAAAGGGGGAAAGGGGCUGGGCUCGAAUCCUCAUGCCAGUUUGGAAGGGCACAAGUUUCCUCCGUAAGGCAGGAAAUUUAACAAGGGCUUUUUGCUGAGCAAGAGGUGAUAAAAACGUGGGCUGGCUAUGGUUACUGAGUAUAUACAUGUAUAGGUAUAUGUAUAUAUGCUACAUAAUCACCCAGGCUAGUGUAUUAUUAUAUUAUAUAACGACGUGACACGGGGAGGAGGUUAAGAUGUAAUGAGGAUAUGGAUUAAGCUGGGUAACUGAGUAAGCACCUACCUACCUAGGUAGGGACUAUGCACCGACUAUAUAUAGGUAAUAUAUAGAUACGGAAGAAAAGGAUUUAUAGGUUGUUUAUGUCGAAAUCAUUCAUGUUGAUUCUGGUGCUGAAGUACUUCAUAAGGGCCAUGAGUCCGGUAAAGAUGGG